AUGGUUAUGUUACGAUAUUUAAGAAAUAAUUCUUACCUUUCAUGGGAUAAAUUUAUUAAAUUUGGAUGGAGAAAUUUAACAUCAACACCAUUACCUGAAAAAACCGAGUCUCUUAAAAAAGAAUUAAAUGAAGAAUUUGUUUAUACGUCGGAAAAAAAGUCCAAAAAACCAUAUAAAGGAGGAUUUUUAAAUAGUUUAUUCGAUGGCGAAUUUGACAGGAAUAUAUUCAAUUAUCCUAGCCCUCAACCGAGUGAAGAAAAUCUUUUUUUUCUAAAGCAUUGUAUUAAAAUUGAAGAAUACAUAUCUAAAAUACCACCCAAUUGUCAUACCAUAACCCAAGAUAUGGUAAAUGGUCUUAAUGCUUUAAAAGUGUUUGCUUUAUCAUUACCAAAAGAAUAUGGUGGUUUAAACUAUUCUGUCUCAAAAUCAAAAUUUGUUGAAGAAUACAUUAGUUACUGUCCAAUUAUUGGUCAAUUUUUAGCUUACAAUGAAAAUUUUGGGAGGAAAAUAAUAAAUGAAUUUGGUUCUGAGGAACAGAAAUUAAAAUAUUUACCAAAACUUGCAUCUGGAAAAAGUUUUGUUAGUUUUGCUUAUUUGGAAGAUGGUCCGAUAGUUGAUUUGAAUUCGAUUACAACAAGUAGUAUGUUUGAUAAUUAUAAAAAUGAAUUUAUUAUUAAUGGAAAUAAAAAAUGGGUUUUGAAUGCAGAUUUAUCAGACUUCAUUAUUGUUUUAACAAGGACAACAAUAAAUAAAGAUAACAGACUACAAACACCUUUAAAUCUUUUUAUAGUCGACAGUGAUACUCCAGGAAUUACAAUAAAACCCUGCAACACGAAAAAUAAUCAAGAAAUAAAUUUAUCUGAAAUUAAUUUUAAAGAUGUAUCCGUUUCUUCAGAAAAUUUAAUUGGGAAUGAAUCAGAAUGUGCUUUUCCUAUUUUAAAAACUGCAUUAUUAUUUAAUAAACUCAGUUCUUCAAUUGCAUGUUUGUCUUUAUUAAAAAAAUUAAAUCUCAUGGGAUUGAAAAUUUUUGAAGAUGUAUUAAAAACAAAUAAAACAGUACUUAAUGAAAUUUCAAUUAAGGAAAACAUUAACAGUGUGACUUUAAAUGUAUAUAUCUUAGAAUCUGUCAUUUAUCCAUUAUUAGAAAAAUUAGAUGAAUAUGAAAAACCAGAUUUAUAUGUAGAAACAUGUAUUGUAAAGGCUUUGGCAGUAGAUUUUCUUCAAAAUGCCAUCAAUAAAUGUUUUAGUAUUUUUGGAAAUGCAUACUUUAAUCAUAUUGAAGAAUUAAAUAUGGCAUUGAAAUAUUGGAAAUACUAUUCAAUUUUUGAUGAUACUCAAAUACAUUUGAAAGUAAAAAUUUGA